CUUUUUCUUCUACUAGAAUCUCCAGGAUAGGCUCAAUCCUUCCCCUUCUAUCUCAGACACGGGAGAACAAUCUCGCUUAUGUGCGAGAUUUGAAACCCUCAUGUUCUUCGCUUGACUUUCCUCUCCCGGGAAAAAUUCAAGUCUUUCGGCUUGGAAAAGAUGUCCAUUACUUCAACGAUGCUCGUUCAUUUUCACUACAUGAUGUCCUCAGUGAAUAAAUUGAAGACUCGAAUGCAUGUUGUUGGAAGUAUGGGCAGGGAUUCUCAGUCUCUUCUGCUGCUUACUCUGGGGAGAAGUCUUAAGGAGCUGGGCUACGUACUUUCUGCCUUUGCAUUAGAGGAUGGAGAGGCUCGCACAUUAUGGGAAAAUAUUUACUGUUAUGUGACAGUUUUGGGUUAUAAUCAUUCUAUCUUGAUUGACUGGACAAGAUUUGAAGGUGCCUUGUUGAGCUCCCUUGAAACGGAAAGAGUCAUUUCAAGAUUUCAGAAAGAAUAGAAAGAGAUUUGGGAUCUUGGGAGGGUCUUUAUCACAAUGCCAAAAAGUCUGAAAAACUUGGAUUUGAAGCGAAUGAGCAUGAUGAAAGUGAACUGGAGAGGACCGGGCAAUCAAUUGUGUAUCUAUGAAAUUUACGAUCAAUGAGUAUUGCCAUUUCUGCACCAUGGCUCCCUAUAUCGUGGUAUAAGUUUUGUUGUGCACUACUCCAUAUAUUUUGACAAUUUGCCAUUCACGGGCCAUGCACCUUUUUAUAACGUUUUUUUUUCUUACACCUUUACAUCUGUUAACUUUUCUUCUCUACUAUACCAAUUGACACUUAAGAGAAGUUCAAUUUUUAUUUUGUUUUACUGCCUUCUCUUAAU